AUGGCAGAGCCAGAGGAAGGAUCCCCCACGCCCACCAGCCCGCCAGAUUUGGACGCUGCGGAACUUGACGACGGCGUUGUCACAAACACGCCACCGCCCGAUUUGUUGGCUCCUCUCCACGUCGAGACGGACGCCUGUGAUGCGAACGACUGUGAUGACGAGGUGCUCUCUCCAUGCAGCAAAGAUGGCGCGCCACCCGUGCCAGGAGAGCUGGAAGGGGAGGAAAGCAUGCGCUCAGCAGCUGCCGCGACAGUCAUUGCGGCGGCGCGUCGAGGUCAGCUGUCGAGGCGAGGCGAGGCCGCCUCCUCGCCUGAGCCGGGUGCGAGUGAAGAGUUGGGCGGAGCACACGAGGUUGAAGUCGCGGAGGCUGAUCUGCUGGAGACGAGCGAAGAGGGCGAUAGAUGCGGCGACUCCGAUGAUGAGGUUGGGGCCGAGGCCACGGUGGCGGCGGAGGAGCGGAGGGCGCUGCUGGCGACCAACCGUGCGCUGCACAGCCGGCUCGCGCGAUACCUCCAGAUGGUCCGAAAGGGCGCCGAAGUGGCGGCAGUGAACAUCAAGAGCGUGGUUGACCUCGAGGCGAGGUACUCCCGGUGCCUCGGGCAGGUUGGCGAGCUGCGCGACGGGUUGCUCCAAUUGCGAGCGAUGCAGGAGCGGGCAGCGAGCGAGGCGAGGCACAGGCUUGCGGACAAGGAGGCGAAGGCGGCCGAGAUUAAGGACGCCUUCCGCGACUUCAAACGCGAGAUCUUCGCGGCGGCGGAGAACUCGCGAACCGGGCGGCAACUUCCCGACUCGGUGAUCUCUCAGUUUGAGGAGCAGGAGGAGCUCAAGGAGGGCGAGGUGGAGAGGAUGCGGCUGGCAAACAUCAGCCGGCGUAACGCGCUGCGCAAGAUGGAGCUCGCACUUAAGCAGAAGGAGAAGCUCGCGGAAGGCAUUCAUUUGAUGGACUUUGAGCAGCUCAAGAUUGAGAACCAGACACUCGGCGAGAAGAUCGAGGAGCGCAACGAGGAGCUACUCAAGCUACGCAAGAAGACGACCACCACGGUGCAGGUCCUCACGCACACGAAGGAGAAGCUGCAGUUUGUGCAGGCCGACAGCCUGCGACUCAAACAGAAUCUCGCCGACCUCGAGAUAGAGCUCACCAAGAGGCGCGACACGCUCACACAGCUCAAGCAAGAGCGAGACGCGCUCAAGGCGGAGACAGCGACGCGCAAGCAGUCUCGCGGGCUGGUCUCCUCCGAGGAAUUGCUAAUUGAUUUUGAGCGGCGGCGACAGUGGAUCGACACCGCAACCGCCGAGGCUCAGCGGCUACAAGACCGCCAUGCGGAGCUGCUGGAGCAGGCACAGCGCAGCAGCAGCAGCACCUCCUCUCUGCCCUCCUCUCAGGAGCGCUCGUGGAUCCGCGCGGGCUAA